GGGUGGGGGUGGGGGCACUCCACCCACGCGUCCAUAGGGCGCCGCCGCCAUCACACUCCCCUGUCAGCCACACCGCCUUUUCCUCCUCCGCCGAUCCCGGACCCCCACCCCCGGCCCCCUGCGCCGCCCCCGCCCUGAGAGCCUCUCAUUGGACGAACGUGCAGUCAAUCCGUCUCGAGUCAGGGAGCCGAUUGGACACGAGGCCUUCGGGCUUCCCCCAGCCUGCUGGGAUUGGCUUGCUGCGCGUUGUCGCAACGGAAGAGGCGGCCGGCCGAGGGUGCGCCUCUGCUCUGGCUGGACUCGCCGAGGAGGCCACCGGGGUCCGGCGCUGAGGGGCUGGCGUGGGCGGCAGCAGCGGCUGCUGCGGAUGGGAACGGGCCGGCUGCGUGCGUCCAUGGAGCGCCCCGGCAGGGCCGCCGCUCCCUCCGCCCCGUCCACCGGGGAACCGGCGCCCGAGGAGCCAGAUGGGCGGGGGCAGGAGCCGCUGCGGCGCCGGGCGAACAGCACGUCGGUCUCCGCGGCCGGGACCUCGGCGGAGGGAGCGAGGCGGGACCGACCCAGCUCGUACAGCAGCGCCGCUGCGGCUUCCCGCCAGCGCCUGGAGAGCCUGAGGAAGAAGCGGCCGCUUUUUCCAUGGUUUGGCUUGGAUAUUGGUGGAACCCUAGUCAAGCUGGUUUAUUUUGAACCCAAAGACAUCACUGCUGAAGAAGAGGAGGCGGAAGUGGAAAGUCUUAAAAGCAUUCGGAAGUACCUGACCUCCAAUGUGGCUUAUGGGUCCACGGGCAUUCGGGACGUGCACCUGGAGCUGAAGGACCUGACUCUGUGUGGACGCAAAGGCAAUCUGCACUUUAUACGCUUUCCCACUCAUGACAUGCCUGCUUUUAUUCAAAUGGGCAGAGAUAAAAACUUCUCAAGUCUCCACACUGUCUUUUGUGCCACUGGAGGUGGAGCGUACAAAUUUGAGCAGGAUUUUCUCACAAUAGGUGAUCUUCAGCUUCGCAAACUUGAUGAACUAGAUUGCUUAAUAAAUGGAAUUUUAUACAUUGAUUCAGUUGGAUUCAAUGGACGGUCACAGUGUUAUUACUUUGAAAACCCUGCUGAUCCUGAAAGUCAGAAGUUGCCGUUUGAUUUGAAAAAUCCAUACCCUCUGCUUCUGGUGAACAUUGGCUCUGGAGUUAGCAUCUUAGCAGUAUAUUCCAAAAAUAAUUACAAGCGCGUCACCGGAACCAGUCUUGGAGGAGGAACCUUUUUUGGUCUCUGCUGUCUGCUUACUGGAUGCACUACUUUUGAAGAAGCUCUUGACAUGGCAUCUCGUGGGGAUAGCACCAAAGUGGACAAACUAGUCCGGGACAUUUACGGAGGGGACUAUGAGAGGUUUGGACUGCCAGGCUGGACUGUGGCUUCCAGCUUUGGAAACAUGAUGAGCAAGGAGAAGCGAGAGGCUGCCAGUAAAGAGGACCUCGCCAGAGCAACUUUGAUCACCAUCACCAACAACAUUGGCUCGAUAGCAAGAAUGUGUGCCCUUAAUGAAAAUAUUAACCAGGUGGUAUUUGUUGGAAAUUUCUUGAGAAUUAAUACAAUCGCCAUGCGGCUUUUGGCAUAUGCUUUGGAUUAUUGGUCCAAGGGACAGUUGAAAGCACUUUUUUCGGAACAUGAGGGUUAUUUUGGAGCCGUUGGAGCACUCCUUGAGCUGUUGAAGAUCCCCUGAUCCAUUACCUGGGGAGGGGGUUCCUGGAACCUUCCACAAUGGGAUCUGUGAACUUUUCUUUUUUUUUCAAGAGACUUAAUUAAUUUUCUGAUUGUGUAUUACCUGAAUCAAAGCAAGAAAGGACAAAUGGAUUUUUUUUAAGUCAUCAAGACAAACCCUUAAAAAUUCAGCCUAAACUAGUAACCAGUAAGGAAUGAUAUAUAUGUAUAUGUGUGUAUAUAUACAGUGUGUAUAUAUAUAUAUAAAGUGGACCAUGUUCAUGGCAGUGAGGAUCGGCUGUAAUGCCUGCUAUAUAUUUUUGAAACUCAUUGUCACUCACGAGCCACUUAAGAGGAGAGCUGUUCCGUGUUCAGCAUACUGUGUUUUAGAUCCUGUUGAACUUGCUAAAUGUAAGGAAAGCUACUAUGUGUUAUAUAAUCUAAUCACAAUUUUGACAGUAUGGCCUUGGAGAUCAUCUCCUGUACAUUAACUCCAGUGUGCAUUUAGCCUUUGUGUGAACAUAUUGAAAAAUGUUUUAUUUCAAGGUUCUGCAAUCUUAAUUGGGCAGGUUAGUUCAAUACCUGUAACUUGGAUAAUUAAGAACUUUUAGAAGGACAAUUAUAGGUUACUUUUCACCAUAAAUCCUAGGAAGGUCUCUUUGGAAAGACAGGAUUUCUUCCGUGGACAGAAUUUUCUUGAGUGUUGGGCUGAUGGAAGUAAGCUACUACAAAAGAUAUAAUUUGGAAAACUAAAACUAGACAAAAAGGACUUUUUUUUUUCUUCCCCAGGAAACUGGGGAGAGAAUCUGGUUACUACUUUUAGGCUAGUAGAAAUCAAGGAAUUGAGGUGUCCAUUAAUUCAUGGGUGCAGUUGGGGUUCUUCCCACCUUUCUCACCCACCACUGGUCUUGGCACUUAGCAGCCCCCAGGCGCAGUCCUGAUUUCUCUGGUAGGCUGGCUCAAAAGGCUGCUUGAGAGACAGGUUUUGAGAGCUGAGUAUUGAUAUAGAUUGACUGGACCUUUUUUUUUUCUGCUGUGCAGAAUAAUUUUUAAAAACCUUCCCCUUAGAGAUUGAGCUAUGUUUGUGUCUUAUUUUGUGUCUUAUUUGGUACCUGCAUCGCUGUUGAAGGCAGUAAAGAUCUGUAUAAAUGGCUUUGAACUAGAAAGAAACUCCAAGGCUCUGGGGCCGCCUUGCGCUUUCCUCCCUGUGGUUUUAGGCCAGGAAGCUGGCCUGGAGGGUUCUGGGAGGGAAAGUUCGAAGGAAGGGUGCAGAGGGCGGGGUUGGGUCAUUGAGGGAGGAGUUGCUUGGGCUGGUGCUCCUCCCUGGUCGACUGGGAUCCUGCGGCCUCCCGUGUUGGCCGCGUGGGGGCAGCAGAGGCCCGUGCCCAUGGUUUGUGAGGGCAUGAUCAUUUCUCCGAUGCUGCCCACUUGCGCAAGGAAGGUUCUGUCACCCGUGGGUUGUGGGUGCUGCUUCCUGAUGCAGGCCGCAGAGCUGGAGGGACACUGCAGGGCGAAGAAAUUGUAGCCCUUGGGUGGCGUUUGGCUCUUCCUCUGCUGUCCCAUGUAGCACUUCCUGAGCCCCUACCCCUUACAACCCAACCUGUCCUCUGUCCUCUGUCGCUUCCAGAUACCCACUUGGUGGCUCCACUUUUCCCUCACAGCCACCAACGACAGUGCUGCCACUCCUUCGCUGGUACCAUAGUCGUGUUUCUCGGGCCCCUCUUGUCCCAAACUGCCUCUGCUUACUUGGGCGGAGAAGGUAGAGAAGGGGAGGGAGCUUGAGCCAUUUCUAGUGGAGACCCAGGCCCCACCUCCUGUGCUGUGGGGCCUGCCUGUGUUUUAGAAGCUGUGCCAGUGCUUUACAUGGGUUGUUUCAUGCAGCUGUUGUGAUCUCCACAAUUCAGCAGAAAAGCAAACCCGCCUGAGGUCACACAGGUAGAGUCCCCUCUCCUUUUUUGCAUUUGCCUUCUACCUCAGAGAGCCCAGUUGCCACUCACUUUGUGGGUGGUUCUUAGCUCACACUGGUACACCAUGAGAGGGCUCUUGAUAGUUCCAUUGAGUCUUGUUACUAAAUCUAACAGACAUUUUAUGUUCUCACUUUCCUCAGUUCUAACACAGUGCAUUUCUUGCUUUUCCUUCUGCCUUCCAGGCCCCUUUGUCUGUGCCAACUUGAGAACAACAGUUUGACAUUGCCGGCUUCAGGCACAGUCCUGAUUCCCCUAAGCAGUCCUCAGCACUCACCGUGUCUCUGACUUCCAAUCUACUGUGCCCAGCACCUCCUCUGAGCUCCAGUUCUAAGGCAGUAACUGCCUUCCCUUCAUUCUACUUGUCUAUCUCCAAGGCCAUCUCUACACAGAAGUAUCCACACCCUUUCCCCUGAAACCACCCCCUCCAUGGUCUUCACUCCUUCCAGCUUGAGGUGCACGUAAACUCAAUCUCCACUCGCCAUUGCCACCACCCUACUUUAAACCACUGCCAUCUUAUCUCGGCAGUGUCCUUCGCAAUCUGCCCUCCAGAUGGUAGCCUGAGGGCCCCACUCCACACUAGAGGCCUAAACGAAAUGGCAGCAAAUGGCCCGGUGGGGACAGAUGGGUGGUUAGAGGGUUGAGCAUUGGGAUGUGAUGAAGGAUAUGGGGAGGAAGUUUCUAUGAGGGCAUACCCUUGUUGUUAUUGGGGAGCCUUGGUUUUGAGCUGCAAUUGAUACCAAAUAGCAACUGGAUAUUUGGGUUGUAGAUAACAUACCUAAGAAUGAUAGUGUAUGUAGGUAGGCAAACUGUAGGUGGGAAUUUAGUGAAUACCAGGAUAGAGUGAGAAUAACAGUUGAUGGGCAGAGAAAGUAAAGGCUGCAAAGAAAACUGAAGCGAGGUCAGGGGGCACUGCUAGGGGUCUGUUGCUCAGGAGACGGGAGAGGAGCCAUCCAGACACCUGCAUUAAGGAUUAAGAGGAGUCCCAGAGAUGGCCUUGAGAGGAACAGUUUCCCUAAAGCUAUGGGGCAGAAGCCGAUCGAUCUAAGUCCUAGUGAGGGUUGGUAAGGAGAAAUGGCAGCUACCACAGGGAACUUUGGACCAAGAGAUUUUUUUUCUUUUCUUUUCCUAAUAGAAGUUAUUUGCAGGUCGGGGGGUCGUGAGAGGUGUGAGGAAUGGCCUAGUUCUGACACUUUACUCCCGAGACUAGUGCCUGUAUUUCAGAAACUACCUAUAUUUCGGAAACUAGCUGAGCCUGUGGCAGGUGAGGCCUUGGCUUCUCUGCUUUCUUCCUCCUGUGACCUAGUGCUUCCUCAUGUCACUCUGACCUUCACUCCACACCGUGGGGGGACAGACCAGAAGCUCCUUCACCACUGUCACCUUCUGCUGUGCCCUACUCACCUUUCCCACUCCUGCUAUGCAAGCUUAAGUGGGGCGUGAGUGUCCAUAAGUGGGUCCAUGAUAAACAUUAAGUAGGUUUCAAAAUUUGCUCUUUAUUUACAUUUAAGUCAAUUACAUGCAUGUUUUAUUUUUUAAACGAGUAAUUAGCAAAAAAAUGCAUUAAAACUUUAAAAUAGCAAUUAAAUAUACAAAAAUAUAGCUUACAAAAAACUGCGAAUGUUUAAAAAUAUUCUGCUGCAGAAUUCUUAGUGUACAAACACGUCUAUGAAACCUGAGGCUCAGCAUUUCAUAAACUUUUUAUUGAGGGAGUUACAUAAUACCUAGUGAGUGAACCUCAAUGGGCUAUACUACAUGCCUAAACUUCCUUCCUUCCUGGCAGCGAUCUGUUAUCAGAUGACAGUGAUCAGGAACACUAUCUUGGAAGACGGUGUCAUCAGGAGGGACUUUUAACACUGGUCCCAUCCGCCUUUUUGUCGGAACCUGGGAGGGAAGGAGCAGACGGAUGGUGUGCAGCUGGCCCAAGGCGCUGAUCCACCAGGCUUGUGCUGGCACAGGGAGCUACAUCAAAGUACAGACAAAUCCCUUGAUAAUGGCAGGGCUCCCUUUCUGAGCACAUGCCCCAGAGUGGGCAGGGUGCCCUUCUUGUCCCGAUAGCCACGGAAGUGAGCCCUGGAUUGGUCAGCAAAGAAUGCUGAUGUUUGGUCUAAAAUGGAGAAAACUAUUUGCAUCUUGAAACAAGUGGGCUCUAAACAACUGGAAAACUGACCAGUCAUUCUAUGUUCUUGAUACUCUCAAAUGGAAGCACAUUAGUCUUAAUCUACUUAAAAAACCAUGGCCCAGCAUGUCCCACUUGUCAACUGCAAAUUUCACCUAAAUUUAUACACUGUUAAUUUAGACCUGUCCUUUACUCAAAUUCUUAUCAGCUAACAUGAAAGACACUAGCCCGGGGCCAGAGAUUCAUCACAUGACCGAAGGGUGGAGGUUCCCGGCAAUUCCUUUUCGAGUUUCAGGUCGGGGGCCCCAAAGCACUUUGAAUCCUGGGAAACUCGGUGGCAGAACACUGGGGAGGUGGGUGAGGACCCAUGGCUGCCUAAAGGAAGCGGCUUCAAUAUCCAUAUUUUCUAUGGGCAAAAAGGAACUACAUUUUUUAAAGAAAAGGUUACUGGUGGGGAAAUGUCAUUGAGUGGAAAGUAUUGGGCUAGAAAACUCAGGGAAGCAUUUUUUAGAGUGGGGAGGAAAAGGAGCCUGACCCAUGUACCUGAACAUCUUUGAUUGACUAAGAUUGACCACGUACUUGUUCAGCAACAUCUGAGACAUUUGCCUCACAAGAUAGAAAGGUGCCUCAGCCUUCAGUUUCUGCUGCUGCUUGAACUCCUGCCCCAAAAAUGGGUGUUCGCCUAAGAAAGCGGGAGUUAACAGACAUCGCUGCUGCACUCUGGAUUCCCUUGCAAGUGGCCAAGAUGGUAUGGGGCAGCUUGUCCAGGCGGCUGCUGCAAAAUUGCUGGGCCUGCACUGCUACAGCUCUUAUGUGUCCUGUCACAGAUCAGAAAGUCUAGAAACUAUCUGUGCUCCUGUCAUCUGGACGUCUGUGGUAGGAGUCAAGGAGGGACUGCAGUUUCUGAUUUGUAUAGAAAAUAAUUCCACUGUGCUGCAAUCAAUAAUAAAAAUGCCAUUUUCAAAAGGAA